UUAUUGUGAGGUUAUUAUAAUAUAAAAUCAGAAAUCAAGAUAUGAUCAAGAUCUUUUAUAUGAUCAUAAGUAAUGAUUAUUUUCAUUUUGUGUGAAAUUAUGUGAAAAGAUUAAACUGUUUCUGCUGUAGAUAAUCAUCUUGUUGACUGACCUUUAUUUCCAAAGUUGUGGGAUUCUCUGCAUUAUCUAUAUCUACCAGUAUCUACCAUUCAACUGAAUUGCUUAUUAUCAAGUUAUCAUUUGUUGUGAUUAGUUGGGUUGUGAUUUGUGAUCGUUGUCAUCAAUUGUAAUCACAUCUAUUACUUCUGAAUUUUUACCAGUUGUUGGUCUUUGUAUUAAAAAAUGGAAAACACAGAAACUGUUUCUGAAAUUUCAAAUACACCUUCAGAAUCCAAUAAACAAGUAAAACCAAAACAAAAUAUAUCAAGUGAUGAAAAGGCUCCUGACAGUUCAGAUAAUAGUGCUCAAAAGCAAAAAGCAAUAAAAGGUAAAAAGAGAAAAAGGCCAAAGGAUGCUACAGCUCCAAGACAUCCACUAACAGGUUAUGUCCGGUAUUUAAAUGAUCGUCGUGAAAGUGUCAGAGCUGCUAAUCCUAAUUUGCCUUUUUCUGAGAUUACAAAGAUAUUGGCUAGCGAAUGGAGCAGUUUACCAUCAGAUAAAAAGCAACAGUAUUUGGAUGCUGCAGAACAAGAUCGCGAACGGUAUACUCGAGAAUAUAAUGCUUAUAAACAAACUGAAGCAUAUAAGUUAUUUACUCAACAACAACAUGAAAAGAAGAUGAAAGAGAAUAAAGAAGAAAUAAAACCCCAGAAUAUCCCUCAACAAAAUAGUCUACCAGCAAAAGAGAAAGAUUUACCAAUCAAUAACAAUGAACAUGAUGCUGCCAAUUUUGAUAUUCCAAUAUUCACAGAAGAAUUUUUGGAUCACAAUAAAACAAGAGAUGUUGAACUUCGCCAACUAAGAAAGUCAAACAUAGACUAUGAACAGCAGAAUGCAAUUUUACAAAAACAUAUAGAGAAUAUGAAAAGUGCUAUUGAGAAGUUGGAGAAUGAUAUAUCACAACAAAAAAAGCACAAUAAUGUGCUCCAACAACACUUAGAUGAAAUUAAAGCUACUCUUGCUAAUGGAUUUUCAAAUGUAAAGCUACCAGGAGGAGAAGAAGGGGCCACACUUCCAAAUAUAGAAGUCUAUAUGACCAACCUACAUUCCAUUCUACUUGAGAACAAUAGUCAGGAUGCAACAUUUAUACAAAAUGUACGUGAUAUUGUGGGCCGCUUAGAAUUUAAUGGAUGACAGACACAGAGCCUAACUGCUCUUAAAAAGCACAGGCAUAAAAUGAAAAAGUAAGCAAAACACAAAAGGCCACUUGUUUGUCAUUCGUUCACAAUUUUUCCGUACAUAUUUUAGACGAUCAACGUCUAAUUCUUAUGUUCUAUACAUGUAUGUGUAGUUAAUAUGUUGUAAUAUAUUGUUUUGAUAAAUAAAAUAUCAAUUUCAUACUUUAAAGAGA